UAUAUAUAAAGGAACAUCGUUAAGAAGAGAGUUGCAGCUCCAGAAACAGAGUUCACCAAGUAUUUCUCUCUCUCUCUCUCUCUCUCUCUCUCUCUCUCUCUCUGCCACCACUAAAUACUCACUGGUAGUUCUUAGAGAGAGAUGGGGAGGAGUCCUUGUUGUUCCAAAGAAGGCUUAAAUAGAGGGGCAUGGACAGUUAUGGAAGAUAAAAUACUGAGUGAGUACAUUAGAGUUCAUGGUGAAGGCAAAUGGAGAAGCCUUCCCAAAAGAGCAGGGCUAAAGAGAUGUGGGAAGAGUUGCCGGCUGAGAUGGCUUAACUAUCUGAGACCUGAUAUCAAAAGAGGAAACAUUACUCCUGACGAAGAAGAGCUAAUUAUCAGACUUCACAACCUCUUAGGCAACAGAUGGUCUUUGAUAGCUGGGCGGCUUCCAGGCCGAACAGACAAUGAAAUCAAGAACUACUGGAACACCAAUAUUGGAAAGAAAGUUCAUCAAGUUCAAGCAUCUGACAACUCUCUAAAGUCCAAUAAUACGACAAGUCGUAAACCAUCAUCCAAAAUUCGGUGUAGUACUAGUAGAUUAGAGCAAUUAAGGCCAAAGCCUAAAACGACACACUCCGGUGGAACUAGUACUGAUGGAGAUCAUGAGAUGAAGACAUCUAAGACCAAUAAUUCUCCAGCUGGUUCAAAUAGUGUGGUUCGAACCAUAGCCACAAGGUGCACCAAAGUUGUACUCCUUUCUCAAACAGAACAACAAAACAAAGUAGUACCACCCGAUCGUGAUAAUAAUCGAAUCACUAACGAUCAUACUGCUAGUGGUGGAAUAAGUAGUAAUGAUGAUGAUGAUCAGGACUGCACUAAGUCUGACCCUGCGGUUGACGAUUGCUGGUUGCCCUCAGUGGUUGAUUACGAUGACCAAUUUGCCAACAAUUGUGGUCAAAGCGUGGUGCUCGAUUCCUCAGAAAUCACACUCGACGUCCCUAGUUAUUCCCAGCUAGGUAUGAUGAAUAAUAAUGCUGUUGACUUUGAGUCGUCCGAUGAUCAUGGAGAUUACUUGUCGGAAUUCCUUAACGUUGACUUCGGGUUUGUUAACAACGGUGACGUGGCCGGACAGGUAAUUAGUUCGUCCAAUCAGAAAGGGCUUGCAUGUUCGAAAUCUUAUACUACUGAUUAUGAUAAUAAUAAUGAAACCUUCUUCUUCUCCCAAGAUAUGAUGUUUGGCGUUGAUUUAGCUUCAGCUUCAGCUUCCCUGCUGAGUGACCCAGUUGACAUGGAUUGGCUCCAUGACUAGUUACUUUGACUUGGGAAAAUGGAAUGAGCUAGAGAUUUCACGUAACUUGUUUGAACAUUAAUAAAGCCAAACAAAUAAAGAGACAUGAAUGUAAAAUAAUUAAUUGUGUAAGCUUAGUUGUUUGAUUACCAUGUAAUGUGGAUUUAAGUAAGUCAUCUGUACCAUGUGUAUUUGAAUAAUGUUGUAUGCAUAAUGGCUAAUUUGUUUU